AUGCCGAAAUACUCGCGGCCAGUCUCGGUCUUCAGCUCGAGCGACCGUGGUGAAUCCCAUCGGAGUGAAUCUCCUCCACCGCCGUACUCCGAAGCACCCCCAUCAUUCCAGCCUCGCAGGAGUGAGCGAACACCACUUCUGCAACCUAUUCAAGAUCCAGAGCCAAGAAGGGUGCCAGAUUGGAGAGCAGAAUGGGUACCGCCGGCUGCACGUCCUCGUCGGACUGGGCGUAUACGGGAGUAUGUUCAGGCUUCGUUUCGCAACCCGUUCCGGAGUCGACUAGCGUACCGAAUCUCCGAAAGCUACCGCAGUAGCUGUCGGAGGAUUCGUCGAAGUCGAGCUCUCUAUAAUAUUCGCGAGUCUUGUCGAAAGGCUCCUCAUAGCCGAUUCGCUAAGCGUAUCCAUAGAUGCUUUCCGCUACAGUGCUUCCUUGUCUUCAUCCUCUUUUUCAUCAUAUUUGUGUGUGUACAUCAGUUCAACCUUUCGGGUGCAUGGACAUUCACACCCCCUACUAUUUCUAUUGCCAUCAUCGGCGCCGGACCCGCAGGUAUAUCUGCGGCUCAACAUCUACACGUAAACGCAGCACUUCGAAACAUCCGCCUCAACAUAACCCUAUUCGAAUCCAACCCCCUCAUCGGAGGUCAGCUAGCUCUGAACGAUUCUAAGGGUCGCCAAGUAUACCCCUACGAUGACCCUACACAGAACCCGAUAGCCGCCGAAGACAUCACCGGCCCAGCCUUACUGUGGGGCAAUCCGCUAUGUACGAAAGCGACGGAAAAGACAAUAGGAGACAACGUCGCAUUCUCCGAGCUCCCUCCUCAGAAAAUCAGCUUCUUCACUGGUGAUCACGUCGUAGCCACUACCACCCGUCCGUACAACAAAUUCUCCUUUUUUGAUUGGUGGGGUAUGCUCUUCAAAUACGGAUCCCCAGCCUGGGCCGCCGCGGGUAUAUUCGACGACGGGGCCGAUCUAAAAGAUCGCUUCGUUCACUCGCCUCUCGACUUCGGCGUCGGGCAGCUUCUAGCUUCCAUGGGUGUCCUCGAGUCCGCGCAGCAGUUCGCACACGAUACACUAGGCGGCCGGGGUGUGGGUGGUGCUUUCGUAGAUGAAGUCUUGAGUCCACAAGUCCAGCGCACUAGCAUGCAGAGGGUUUCUGAUAUCAGCGACUUCGGUAUGAAGAUGGCUGCCUUCCAACAAGAUAGGGCAAAUACCUUUAUCGGAGGGGAACUACUAGAACGACUAGAUCAAGUCAUUGCUGUACUAGGCAUAACUGUCCGUACAGGCACUAAAGUCUCUGGCGUUAAACGAAAGAAGAUCGAUGAUGACAAAUCAGCAUGGCUCGUCGAAUACAACGCCGACGGCUUAUCCGAAUCUCGAAACGAGCCAUUUGAUAAGGUCAUUAUUGCUGCGCCGAAUUUCGAGAUGUAUCGCGGAGCUUCCGCCGAAGUUGUAGAAGCUGCCUCCAUGCUAUCUUAUCGACCCGCACACGUCACAUUCUUCACGUUACCUUCACGUCUUGACACCGGUAUAUAUGGCGACGUAAAUCAAAUCCUAUUCCUCGAGGAGCAAAACGGAGAUCGUUCACUCGAUGGCGUCAGAGAAGUAUCAUUUGUAAGAGAAGUUGUUCGGACGUCAGAAAAGGGUGAUGGGGCUCCCGAGUUCCUAUACCGCGCUCUUUCAGACGUCGACGUCACAGAGCGGUUACGUGAACUCGAUUUAGGGAUUACUUGGAUGUAUCAGGCAAGACUCGAAAAUGCGUACCCCUAUCUCUUCCCAUUCAGACAAUACCCACGGUUCAAACUAUCCACCAAGGGUAUAUGGUGGACUUCAGCCAUCCACGCCGCCGCAAGUUCUAUCGACUUGAGCUGGCUAGCAGGCAAGGUUGUCGCUGAGGAAGUUAUACAAGAGGUUGAGAAGUGA